GGGGGGGGGCACAUAAUGGGGAACGCAUAAACGCAAGCUUGGAGCUGAAUAUCAUCGGAAGAGGGAUGGCGUCUCUGUCGACUGUCGAUUAAAAUGGGUUUCGACGGCCUAGAGAUUCAAACUAUUUGGAUGGACGUUGCAGCAUUUUGUUCUCUAAGUGAGCUUGGAAAAUUACAGUCGACAUGCAAAUAUCUCAACGCAAUCCUUUCGUCUAAUUCUGUUUGGAAGAUUCAAUGGAACAAGCUGUGUAAGUUGUUUGGUCUGAAGGAGAAGUACAGGAACCAUGCAGAAUCACUGCCUCUUGUUCCAUUCUUGUACCAAAACCUCUGCUAUCGUCUUCAGGCAUGUCUCAGACGUAGAGAAUGUUCACAGCAAUGGUUUGUGAUGAACCCUAAGGAUGAAAUAGAAUCCUUCAACAUUGCUCAGAAUCUCACGUCCUUUUCCUUCUUCGACUCGACCCAGCUGUGGCGAAGGGCCGAGUCCUCCUGGCAGAUCCGUUUGCGGUCGGCACUGUCUUCGGUGGUUCCUUUGCGUAAACUGAAGGAGUGCGACACAAAGUUUUUGGAUGCUACAACAGAGCACAUGCUGCUUGGUGGUGUGUCUCAGACAGAUGAUGCCUUUGCAGAUCUCUGGCCUUUUCGUGACUCUGAGAAGAAAGCCUUCUACAACCAUCGCAUUGCCAUGUUACUGAGGAAGAGGCGGAAGAUGCGCGAGAAAUGCCUCUCACAGAUCUCGGGAUUUGAGUGUGGGAUGCCGUUGCAGUUCUGCUCUUUGAACCUCCUGGGAAGUGGAUGGAAAGUACGUAGAAGGCUUCCACAAACGUCCAAAGGUGUCAUUACCGAUGCCAGCAAGAUUGCGGAAAUAAAAAACUUUGAGCUGAAGUGCAGCUUGCAGGAGUUACUCCGUCCAGGAUUGCUGAGAGACUUCUCUCAAGAAGCUGAGCCCUUGUGUCUCAGAACGCCCAUCGACAUAAAUCCCAAAGACUUGCAAAUAGUACAGGACCUCUUCUUUCGUUUCCUGGGAUACACUUGCAUCUUGCCGUUCAAUGUAGCAUACCACGUCAGCGACAGUGCCAGAGCCGAGACUUGCCUUGUUAUUGAGAGCUACGUCCAUCACACAGUGAUCACUCCCAUCGUCGAUGGCAUCCUUUGCUCAGACCAUGUCAGAUGCAAACCCAUAGGAUUCUCACAUGUGGUAGAUUACCUAGUCCUGAGCUUGGUUGUGAAGAACCCCAACCUCAGUAGGAUUAAGGCCACAUCUCUAAUGCUGAACACCAAUCCAGAACGCAUGACCCUUGCCCUCUCACCCGUUCGCGACCUCAUGGCAGCCGUCCGUCCAGAAAACCCUUCAGAGUAUGCCUACAACUCCCAGCUUGGUGUCCUUCACACAGGUACUGCUCUACAGCUCAAGGAGAGCAUACUAUGUGUCUUCCGGGGAGUCGACUCUUGCAAGCGCUCAGACUUCCUCGUCCUUCUAGCAACAGAGUACAUGUACAGGUGCCUUGACCUUGUUUCCAUGGUAACAGAACUCCUCAGCCAGUUUGACCUCCUCAACGUGCGGCGGUUAGUGAGUCACAUCUUCUUUGUCGGGGAGAACACGCAGAUCGGUAGCUUUGGGGCGAGGUUCGAAAGAGAUCUACGGGUAAGUCUGGACAAGCUGGCUGCAGUGUUUGGAGGAGAGUUUGCUCGGCAGCGGCGAUGGCCAAUACACUGCGUCCAUGCGGAGGUGGAGGAUAGACCGAACUGUCUCUUUUCCGAUUCCUUCACUACAAUGGACUAUGUCUUCCAAGGACCGGAUUUCUUCUGAAAUUCUCUUUGAUUUUGAAGACCAUUUGUGCCUGCUAUCACAAUGCAGACCCUAUUUUAGAGACAUAAUUAUUCAAAUGGAGAAGAAUGGAUAAGGAUGGAGUCUUUGGGGAAAUGCUUGGUAUUGUACAAUGUAUAUGGUUAUCUUGGAUGAAAGAGCAGGUCCAGUGGGUCCCUUAACUUCUACAUUUCCUACCCAAUAUCCAGUCCCAGAGGAAAAGCCGAACCACUUAACUUGUAAAUGUCCUUUACAAUGUCAUUGAGAAUGUUGUUGAGAAUGUCUUUGAGAAUGUCCUUGAGAAUGUCAUUGAGAAUGUCAUUGAGAUAGUCCUUUAUAAUGUUCAUAGGAUAUUACGAAUGGUAAAAUCAUGGUACAUGGAGUUUUUAGAUGUCUGGGCAAUGGUCUGGCAGGACCUCAGUUGGCAGGGUAGUCUCUGGCUGACAUUUUGAUUAAAGAUCGUGGGAUUUGAAAGAGGUUUAGCCAAAAGUGCCAAUUGUAUGUCAUGAUGCUUUGAUAUGGUUAUAAUUACAUUUUAGCUACAGUACUGGAUUCCUAUGGCAAUGGAUUGGGUAACCCGCAGGGUUUCUUGAUUUGGGGAUGGUGAAUUACAUAUGGACAGCCCAAAGUCCCUAUGUGAGCCUGGAAAGGGUUUUGUAGCAGGUGCAGUCAGGCAGCAUUGACUUGUGCAUGCAAUAAUGACCGUGCAGUAUAUUUUAUUGUGAUUCCCAUUAUUUAUUCAAUCAUUUACAUUUCUGGCCAAAUGCAUUUUCAACAUGGUUUUCACACACACACACAGAACAAAUAUCAAUCAUAAACAAUGCAAUGAUGAAAUCUAGACCCCCCCCCCCCCCGUACGAUGUAAACAAGAAUACCUUUUAAGUGCAAUAAGAUAUUUCAUUGUUAUACACGAUGAGGUGUAUAAUUCAUAAAGCUGUUUGUAUAAAAUUACGAAUGACUUUAUGCAUGACUUGUGAUCGUUUCUUAUUAACCUAUAUAGAGUACCGAAAUGAUGACAUCAGUUGCCAUGGUGUCAUGGCAACCUGGUUCUAAAGAAAUGAAGCUGUGGGGCCGUUACAUAAGGCUGUUCGUAAAAUUAGGAGCAACUUUAAAGAUAAAUGAAAGUACAUGUAGUUGCAGUAAACACCGAUUUUAUGAGAAAGUCUGUAAAACCAGGC